UAGCGAGCAUAUAUGCUCGCUAUAAAGUAAUUAAAACCAUACCCGAUACUUACGCUCGCUGGCCUCCCCUUAUGGAUUUUGUUUUGUAUACCGUGUGCCAUCCUAGAGAGGAGCCCCCAGAUGAUGAGUUUGCAAACAUCUUAAAGAAGAUAGCUGUCGACCUUUACGAUGAAGACAAGAUCGACAGCCUUGCUGGUCGGCUGGGGAUCCUACAUGGUGACAUACAGAGAGCGCUCCAGACCAAUAUGAGGUUUACCCAAGUUACCAGUAAUGGAACCUGUCUUAUGCUGAAAGGUUGGAGAAGAGGUGUGUCCAGGGAAGAAGAACGGAUGAAGCUCAGGAAGGCAUUGCUUGCUGCCGGUUGGUCAACCUUGCAGACCUGUACCUCAGCGAAGGAAACAUGAAUAACAAGAACGAGGAGGACUUGACGGAUGGAAGUAAGAGCCAGCAUCCUGAACAAUCACCGGACCGCAGUGGAGAGAACUUGGAUGCAUCUGAAGUGACUUCUGAAGAUGUGGCCUCUGAAGAAGUUCAUGCUGGUGAUGAUAUGACUACUAGUAAUUUAAGUAGCAUUCAACCUUCUGAACAAUCUUCCAGCCAUGAAAUGCAAGUCCCACCUGAAAACAUAUCUCCAGGUGGGAAGCCUAACAAGGAAUCCACCAUCUUGGAUAAAAGCCCUUCUCUGUUAACCUGCCAAAGGCCCGUCCUGAUGAAGCGUCCCGCAGUUGGCGUUAGUCCUCAGAAGCGAAAACAAAGUAAAUCCAGUAAUUUGUUUAAAUAAUAUUUUAUGUUAUUUAUCUACUGCAUGCAUGGUUGAUAACAGUCAUAGAAAUAAUCUCUAUAAUCAUCAACCGAACUAUAUUGUAUUUCUUUUAAUGUGAACCAGGUUAAACCACAAAAAAAAUCGUUUAUAAUUUCUACGAUAAACAUUAUCUAAAUAUUACAAGAAUGGCAUGCAUGGCUUGA